AUGAUUGUCGUUUCGAACCGAUUGCCAUUUAUUCUGAAAAGAAAUGAAAAGACUAGUGAAUUGGAGCGGAAAGCCAGUGCCGGAGGUUUGGUGACUGCAGUUGCUCCGGUUGUAAUUCGUGGUGGCGGCAUUUGGGUGGGAUGGCCCGGAAUCCACCUCGAUCCUAAUGAAAAAAUCCCACACUCAGACCCUAUGGACAAAACGCCUACGGCUGGACUGCUCUCAGAAAAGAUUGUCGCCAUACGAGCUGAGCCAAAACUCUUCGACAGUUACUACAAUGGCUGCUGUAACGGCACCUUCUGGCCUCUUUUUCACUCCAUGCCUGAUCGAGCCACAUUCAUCGCCGACCAUUGGAAAGCAUACAUUAAAAUAAAUGAAGAGUUUGCUGAAAAAACAGUUCACGCUUUACAUUUACUUAAGGAGCAGAAAGGUAGUAGAACUGAGGCCUCACCACCGAUCGUGUGGGUUCAUGAUUACCACCUUAUGCUAGCCGCUAAUUGGAUACGACAGCGUGCAGAAGAAGAUGAAAUACAAUGCAAGUUAGCGUUCUUCUUACACAUCCCUUUCCCUCCAUGGGAUAUAUUCAGACUAUUUCCAUGGUCUGAUGAAGUUCUACAAGGCAUACUUGGUUGCGAUAUGGUUGGAUUUCACAUAGCAGACUACUGCUUAAACUUCAUCGACUGUUGCCAAAGAAACUUAGGAUGUCGUGUGGACAGGAAGAAUCUUCUAGUCGAGUUGGGUGGACGUACUAUAUGCGUUCGGCCAUUACCUAUUGGAGUACCUUUUGACAGAUUCGUUUCACUGGCCCAAAAUGCAAAAUCAGUGCUCUCUACUAGCCAACAAAUAAUAUUAGGUGUCGAUAGACUGGAUUAUACCAAAGGACUAGUACACAGACUGAAAGCUUUUGAAAGGCUACUCGAGAAGCAUCCGGAACAUAUAGAAAAAGUUGUAUUACUGCAGAUCGCUGUGCCGUCAAGAACAGACGUAAAAGAAUAUCAAGAUUUGAAAGAAGAAAUGGAUCAGCUCGUUGGAAGAAUAAAUGGAAGAUUUACUACACCUAAUUGGUCACCAAUCAGGUAUAUAUUCGGCUGCAUUGGACAAGAUGAGCUGGCAGCAUUUUAUCGUGAUGCAGCUGUAGCUUUGGUUACGCCCUUGAGAGAUGGUAUGAACUUGGUGGCUAAAGAGUUUGUGGCUUGUCAGAUAAAGAAACCACCAGGAGUUCUGAUAGUAUCCCCAUUCGCUGGAGCAGGGGAAAUGAUGCAUGAAGCGCUCAUCUGUAAUCCUUAUGAGCUGGACGAUGCAGCUGAAGUUAUUCACAGAGCUCUCAUCAUGCCGGAGGACGAACGUACAGUCCGCAUGAACCAUCUCAGAAGACGGGAGCAACUAAACGAUGUAGACAGUUGGAUGAAGGCCUUCCUAAAAGCCAUGGACUCGCUAGAAGAAGAAGCUGAUGAUCUAGGAGCUACCACUAUGCAACCACUCAGUAUUGAUGACUUCGAUGAGUAUUUAUCCAAGUAUAUUGGUUACACCCAGAAAUUGGCCCUUCUGUUGGAUUACGACGGUACCCUUGCUCCGAUCGCUCCACAUCCCGACUUGGCCACUUUACCACUAGAAACCAAACACACGCUUCAGAGGCUAUCAAACAUGUCUGAUGUAUACAUCGCUAUUAUUUCUGGCAGAAAUGUCGACAAUGUCAAGAAUAUGGUUGGCAUUGAAGGUAUCACUUACGCGGGUAAUCACGGUCUGGAGAUCCUUCACCCUGAUGGCAGCAAGUUUGUACAUCCUAUGCCUACAGAGCUGCAAGAAUCAGUAGUCAUUCUUUUGAAGUCGCUGCAAGAAAAGGUAUGUAAAGACGGUGCUUGGGUUGAGAACAAGGGUUCUUUACUUACUUUCCACUACCGUGAAACUCCAGUUUACCUUCGGCCAGCAUUGAUAGAACAAGCCACUAAACUUAUCAUCGAGGCGGGGUUGACGCCUGCGCCCGCGCAUUGUGCGUUGGAAGCGAGACCACCGGUGGAAUGGGAUAAAGGUCGAGCCUCCAUCUACAUCUUGAGAACAGCAUUUGGCUUAGAUUGGAGCGAGAGGAUCAGAAUCAUCUAUGCUGGUGAUGAUCUUACAGAUGAAGACGCUAUGUUGGCUCUAAAAGGUAUGGCUGCCACUUUCCGGAUUGCGUCAUCAUCUAUAAUCAAAACGUCAGCCGAACGUCGUCUGUCAUCUACAGAUUCAGUGUUAGCGAUGCUGAAAUGGGUUGAGCGACAUUUUUCCCGACGCAAACCAAGGGCCAAUUCGCUUACGUACAAAAACGCCCGAAAAGCUAAGGACUCCAUACAGCUGCAUAUGUCAUAUCAAAUGCCUACGAAAACUUCGCCGAGAAACACGCCUCCUCGUACACCAGACAAAGUGUCUAGUGGGUCGGAAUCUAGUUAA